CCCACAGUGGCUGUUUGACGCUUUAAAGCACUUCACAGCAGACAAAGGCAGCAUGGACUGCAAUGACAAUUUGCUCAACUAUCUCAGCAUCGGCAUGAUCCUGGCAGGACUGUGGCAUCUCUACCGCCACAAGAAAUACCAAACCUGCUAUGGCCGCCACAUGGAGCAAACUCCUCACGCCAAUUUGGUCCCAGCGCGACUGGCCUGGUUCCUUCAGGAAUCACCAGCUCUUCUGGUCCCUUUGCUUCUGAUGCUCACAUCACAUAAACCUUCCAGUGUGGGGAAGAUGCUACUGCUUGGAACGUUCUGCCUGCACUAUUUUCACAGAACAUUCAUCUAUUCACUCCUGAUCAGAGGGAAUCCAUUGCCACAGAGUGUGAUGCUAGGGGCGGGCUUCUUCUGCUCCGUGAAUGGCUUCGUGCAGGGACACUACUUGCUGCAUUGUGCUCAUAUGGAUGAGCGGACGUCUGACGUUUGCGUCUACAUUGGUGUACUACUGUUUUACAUCGGGAUGGCCAUCAAUAUUCACAGUGACUACACUUUACGUAAGUUAAGAAAACCAGGGGAAGCCAUUUAUAAGGUCCCUACAGGUGGUUUUUUUGAAUACGUGUCUGCUGCAAAUUACUUUGGAGAAAUUCUCGAGUGGUUUGGUUACGCCGUGGCCACUUGGGGCCUUCCAUCACUGGCAUUUGCGGUGUUUACUGCAUGCUUCAUUGGACCAAGAGCCAUAUACCAUCACAGGUAUUACAAGAAGACAUUCAAGAACUACCCAAAGUAUCGAAAAGCUCUGAUUCCAUUUUUACUUUGAGAAAAUCUUCAAGGUCAUUUAAAAAGGGGGCUGCAGUCUCCCCAAGACUGAAUACAAAUCAAAGCCCACUAAUGAGUCAGGUUGAAAAUAUCAUGCAUGUAAAUGUAGGAUACACUCUUAGGUUACUAUUUCCAAACCCAGUUAAUUACUGGUCGUUUACACAUGGGUUAAUUAUCCAGAUAGAUGCUCUGUAUGGAGGAAAUAUGGAGGUAUUCAAUGAGAAGGUAUAAUUAGUAAGCUAGAAACAUUUAACUGGAGACACACUGUAUUCUGAAGGUAGUCUGUUGCUUUGUAAUUAUUUUAUAUUCUUCAGUAGUUAAAAUUUUUACAUGAAUUAAAUGUGUUGGCUUUAUGAAAAUGUGGCAAAAGAUGUAAACACAAUAAUUGCAAAAAUAUUUCAACAAUAAUAUUUUAUCAACAGUCUUAUCUUAUCAAUGUCUGACAAUUAAAGUUCCAUUAAUCAAGUUUGGGUUUUUUGGUGACUGGAGAAGCACUAUGCACUAAGCACUCGUGUGCUGUUCUCUGAUUGGUUGUUUCACGGGCACGAUACCAGAGCAGCGCGCUCUGAGUGGACAGCUACGGGGGCUGAUACUGGACAUGGUUAAACUCUAUAUUUUAUCAGUAUCACUGCCCUGGGCUUUAACACAGUAUCAUUUCGGCCUUUUCCCGUAUCAUUCAUGGGCGGUUUCUAGGGUACAGGGCCAAUUAAUACUGUAGUAUGUGAUAAUCAGGUUUACUCCUAAUAAUGCCUAAUAAAGCAUACAUUCUUUAUAUAGAAAAGUCUUGAAAAGUCUGUUACAAAAUACAAAACAGCAUGCAACCCGACAAAUCGCGGUCCGAAACCCAACCUAAUUCGAUCGCUGCAUCUGUACACGGGCCAGACCAGCCAGGUUCCACUUAUAUUUAGCACUAAAGCUGCAACAGUUAUUAAUCAAUGAUUCAAUUAAUCAACUAUUUUGGUAGUUGUUAAAUUGUUUUUUGGUGCAAAAAUGUAAACAUCCUUUGGCAGACAUAUUCUUUGUGUUAUAGCCAAAGACAACUGAUAUGUUGUCACCGAUAAAUCGUCAUUUGCUUGUGACAAACCGCUAUUAGUUCACAUCUUGUAUGAUAUAUCGCACGUCAAGAGCAACGUUUGCAGUUUCUACAGCAACUUGUAAAGCGUUGAGCUUUGCUGUGAAAGAGUCGAGCACGCAUGGCUUCACAUUAUCGCCUCUAGACAGUGACACCGGGGAGAACACUGGGUAUUUAGUGUUCAAGUGACUCCACUUGUGAUUUGGGCUACUUUCCAUGAGUCCACAACCACAGUUGUUCAAGCAAGCCUCUGUGUCCUCUUGCAACGUGUCAACUGGCCGAGUCCAAUGGUGAGCGCUAGUCAGAUCAACGAGAGAAGUCUCACCGUCGUGUUGUAGCGAUUUAGCUACCGACUCGAGAGAGCUGCAGAACGCCUCCACUCCAAGCAUGUAUUCUGUCUGCGAGCAGCCUAUCUUGGACGCGCUUCCAGUGGUGUCACACUAGGAUUAAAUUGGAGCACAAAUAAGAUGAGGAAUCAAAAAAUCGAUACCAUACAUUAUCACAUACUACAGUAUUAAUUGGCCCUGUACCCAAGAAACCG